UAUCUCGUGCUGUUGCCACACAUCACGGGGGUUGAGGCGUUUGUUUCCAACCGAUGACUGAUAGCUUCAAGGCUUCAGAUAGUCUACCUAAAAAAACAAUCUAACAGAUCUGGGGGCUCAUCUGGGAUAUUCCCAAGAAACACUGGACAGAAAAUCAUACUUUCUUACAAAAAUGUUUUUUGGGAUCCUUCUCAGUCUCGCACUGAGUUUAUGGUUCUGUGAUGCUAAAUCAAAGGGAACUAUGUGUGUAAUACAAGAAACAGAAGCACCAUGCAUUAAUAUAAGUGAGACCAACAGCAACCAUGAGCUUGGAAAACUUCUGGACAGAAUUAAAUAUGUUGCCCGAAGCUGCAAAGAAAUUCUUGACAAAUAUCAUGUUUAUGAGGAUGGCCUGUACUAUCUAAUCUCACCAAGAGGGGUCCUUUACCAGACGUUUUGUGAUAUGACCACUGCGGGCGGCGGCUGGACGCUGGUUGCCAGCGUUCAUGAAAACAACAUGUAUGGAAAGUGUACUGUUGGUGAUCGCUGGUCUAGUGAGCAGGGCAGCAUUGCAAACCGGCCUGAUGGUGAAGGAACAUGGGCAAACAGAGUCACAUUUGGAACUGCAGAUGCUGCUACAAGUGAUGAUUACAAGAAUCCUGGAUACUUUGAAAUUGCGGCACAGGAUGUAUCUGUGUGGCAUGUUCCUAAUAAUAUGGCAUUGGAAAACUGGAGCACUGCCUCCAUCCUGAGAUACCACACUGAAAAUCGCUUCUUGACUCUACACGGAGGAAACCUUUUCAAUUUAUUCAAGAAAUUCCCUGUGAGGUUUGGAAUUGGGACUUGCAUCACUGAUAAUGGACCUGCUAUUCCAAUAGUGUAUGAUACUGGAAAUGUGGAUUCUACCAAAAAACUGUAUGGACCUUAUUCAAGAGGAAUAUUUGAGCCUGGAUUCAUCACCUUCAGAAUCUUCAAUACUGAAAAGGCAGCCAUGGCAAUUUGUUCGGGCGUUAAACCAACUGGUUGUCACACUGAACAUUUCUGUAUUGGUGGAGGUGGACACUUUCCUGAGGGCGUCCCUAGACAGUGCGGGGACUUUACGAGUUUCGACUGGAGUGGCUAUGGUACUAAUACAGGAUGGAGUGCUUCCAAAGAGAUUACUGAAGCAGCUGUACUUCUUUUUUAUCGCUGACAAACUAAAAUGACUUGCUUACUUUCCUUCUGUCAGAGAUAUACCACAUUAAUUAAUACCUGAAUACACAAUAAUUUACUCAAAUAUAUUUCUUUUAAAUAUAUCUUUUAUAUUGGUCUAUAAUCUAAGAAUGUGUAUGGUGUUUGUAACUGAUGAAAAAAACAACAACCUGUUGGAUUAGCCGUUUAUUGGGAGGCUUCUUUUAGUGCUUAUCUAACCUACUUUUAACUUCUCAAUGUUCAUGGUUUUUUUUCCAACUGUACACAAAUGGAAACAAAUGUAUAAUGUUCAAAUAAAACCAAUGGGUUGACAAUGCUGUUCAAACAAUGGAUUCAAAACCUACUUUAGGUUUCAGAGUUUAUAAGUUUCACUGAAAAUAUUCCAUAAACAUAUUUGGUUUGGUUACGUUCUGUUCUGCUAAUAAAGCCUGUUAUUACUA